AUGUACAGCCAAGGAGCAUUGAGUCAGGAGGUAGGCAUGGCAGACAAUAGCCCGCAACUUGAGGAUACUCCACUUACUUUGAUGGGCCGCCCUCCCAGGACAGGAGAUUUUUUCCAUGACAAUAAAGCAAUGCUGGAAUUGUUUGCCCAUGCUGCCAGAACAAUGGAUCCAAAGGUAAGACGGUCAAUCCAGGAUGAAUUCAAUAAUAUCGCAUAUGCAAAUGCCACCAAAAUCAUUCAUGAAAGUGCAGCAGCCAAGGAGGCCGCCGACAAGGCUACCAAGAACACCAAAGGGGAUAGUACAAACGAAGACAGCUACAAAAACAGUAUGUUUGUUGAUCUAUAG